AAAAUUCAAAAUUUUCUGCUCCGCGCGUGAACCCACUCGCCUCCUCCCUCUUUAGGGUUUUCAACCAUUUUUCAGUUUUUCCCACUCACCACUCUGUAGAAAAAUAGUGGCGCCUCCAACAUUUUUUCACAUUAUAAAAAGCCCACCACCUAUUGCUCCUCCCAUUUCUCUCUCCACAAACCGCCAUUCUCUCCAUCUCUCUCCCUGAAAUAUCUGCUGGGUCCUUGCGACUUUUCGCCCCCAUUUCAAACAAGCGAGGCACUAUAAUUAAAGCUUGAGGAGACAGCAAACAACCGCCGCAGACAUCUAUUCCGUGCCUACGAGAUCUUCACAUACGGAACAUUUUUUCUUUAUUUCCCCCCUUUUUGCAUUUGGGUUUUUGUAGUUGGUCAGCCAUGGCCCAAGAAAUUGACGAUUUGGAGUUCCUGCUUCCGGCGGAGCUGCUCACCGACGACGACCUGCUGACCGAUUUCGGCUGUGGGUUCACGAAUUCCGGCGGGUUGAACUCGGAUCUGAGUUCUCCGGUCGAGUCGGUCACCGGUUCUAUGGAAACAGCCGGGGCCGACGAAGACGAUGUAGUCGCUGAGUUGACCCGGAAGCUGACUCGCUCCGGGUUGCGUGAAUCGGACAUGUCCUGCGACUGCACAGCCAAGGGCUUGAAGCUAUCCGGGUCACCACAGUCGACUCUGUACGGGUUCAAACCGGGUUCCCGGGGCAGCCCAAACUCCGAUUCUCGGGCUUGCUCGCCGCCGGAGGCCAAAAGUCCCCUGAGCUGGGACGUGCUAUACGCGGCGGCGGCGGAGGUCGCGAGGAUGCGCAUGGCAGAAGAAGCGGCGGCGUUUUACUCGAACGAACUUUUUUCUUCGGCCCGCAAGCCCGGUCCGGUCGCCGUUACCCAGCCCAAGAACGAACCGGGUACGGGCUUCUAUCCUACCCGACGUCAAACACACCUCUCUUACCACCAACAUCUGCAAGCUGCUAAGCUUCAGCAGAUGAAACAGAACCAGUUGAAAUCGAUGAUGAUGAAAAAUGGUGUUCGGAGAAACGGCAGCGGCGAUCUGUCCUACAGCCUGUCCUCGUCGGCUUGGCCCACUUUACAACAGUCCCGGCAUCAAACCGGCAUCGGAGUAAAAACGGGUUUUCUUGGAGAAACUGGGCCGAAAAAGGAGCGGGUUGGAACCGGUGUGUUCAUGCCAAGAAUGUUCGACCCGAACCCGGUUGAAACCCCGAAGAAUCCAGAUGCCUAUUUGAAGCAGAGAGAUAAUUUAAUGUCAGCUUAUCAGGGGAGAAUUAUAAGGCCACAAACAGCUGGAAAUCAAGAAUUCAGUCUUCCUCAAGAGUGGACUUACUGAAAGAAACCCACAUCAAGUGAUUUUUUAUCUGAAUUAUUUGGUGGGAUUUGGGAAAAAAACUAAGAGAAAAAGUGCAAGAAGAACUUUGUUUUAGUUUUGCUCUAGUGUUAUUGUCAUAGGUUUGCAGGUGGUAGUUAAAAGUUAGAUGAUGAUGAAAAAACAAAAUAAUAUUUUGUUUGGGUUUUAGGGUAAUAAAAUAAAAUAUAAGGAAUUAGCAAAAUAAUUUUCUAUUUUGUUUUCCAAUUUGGAAAUGGAAUUAUGGAAAAAUACAGGAAUAAAGACUUGGGUAUUAUUUUUUUUUUUUUGUUUAGUGUUGAUAGUAUUUCUUACUUUGUAGUGAUUUUGUAGGGUUGACUCAGUGAGUUGGGGUCUCGUUUUGGUUGAAAUUCCAACAGCUGUGACUUCUAUUUUUAUUUUUCUUAUUUUUGGUUUGUUAGUAUGAAUGGGGUUGAACAUUGUGGAUUGUAAUCCAGUUGGAAAUAUCUAUGCAAAAUGCAUUUUGUUUGUAUUAAUUCGUCUGUUAGUUAUAAUUAACAGUGAUUUUUAUACUUAAUGCUAUGGUCAAAGCAUUGGGAUAAGCAAAAGCAUGUGUGUUUUGUUUGCUUUGUUGUUGUAAGUUGUAACAUGCUUUGGCCCUCUUUUUAGCUUUUGACUAACAUCCCAAGUGAUAUUUUUAGUGUAAGACAUGUAAAUUUGGUGGCUUGUUUUUAGGAUUUGGAAUAUUAGUUCUUAACAUUGAAUAACAAUUUUUUUAAUAAUACAUUGGAUCACAUGUUAUGUUGUGAUGUGGUUAAAAGUUGUGGAUUAGUUAAUUGGAUUGGAUGGGCAUACAUACAUGUAAAUCAAUUGUAUGUUUGUAUGAAACGGAUAUUUAUAAUUUGAAUUAUGUUUUUUUUUAUAAUUCCUUAAUAACAUUAUUAAAGUG